UCCAGCAAUAAAUACAAAUAAAAAACUUUCUAUGAAUCAUUUAUUGAAUAUCUGAAAACAUAAAUUUUCAGAGAAACAAAUGUAUUUAGAAUAUGAAAAACUGUGAAAAAAUAAAAAGUGUGUGAAAAGACAGUUAAUGAGGCACAUAUUUUUGAACAUUUCUACAUGAUAAAAACUAUAGGAAUGACAAUAACUCCUACGAGAAGAACCAUGACUAGUCCGUCAGUACAAACGGCGUCGAAGUCACAACAACGCAUUAGUAACUUUAGUGUUGCAUCUUUACUAGCAGACACAAGCCCAAAAUCACAACAAUCUGAUUUGUUCCUAGAAUCCAAAUUAUGCCAAAGUAGUCCAUCACCCACACUAAAAAAUGAUAGCAGUAGUACCAAAAUUGAAAAUGAUCGAUCUCAAACACCCCAUAGUUUAAUAGGAUCAGAAGACGAUUAUGAUUCGCAUCAAGAAGACUCAAUUGUAGACAUUGAAGAUGUGAAUAAUGAAAAUAGCACUUUCUUAGGUGUUGAUAAGUCGUGUAACAUUACCAAUUUAAAUGGUCAAACACCAAUUAGACCGACUCCAUUUAGUGCUUUAGCCGCAGCGGCUGCUGCAUGGAGCGGUAUUGGAGGAACAAUUCAAUGGUCAAAUUCUAGACAAAUACCACCUUUCGGUGCACCAGGAAUUUUCAAUUCACAUACCUUUGGUUCGUCACAACUAACAACGGAUAAUCAAGAAGGCCCCCGAAUUAAGUGUAAUUUACGGAAGCACAAACCUAAUAGGAAACCAAGAACUCCUUUUACCACACAACAACUACUAUCUCUCGAAAAAAAAUUCAGAGAAAAACAAUAUCUAAGUAUAGCAGAAAGAGCAGAAUUCUCAUCUUCAUUAAGGCUGACUGAAACUCAAGUAAAAAUAUGGUUUCAAAAUAGAAGAGCUAAAGCGAAGCGGCUACAAGAGGCUGAAUUAGAGAAAAUUAAAAUGGCUGCAUUAGGUAGGGCAGCUGGUCCUGGUGCUCAGCUGUACAUGGGAUACUUUCAUCCAAGUAUUAUGGGUGGUGCCAUGCACUUAGGAUAAGAAAAAAAUAUGUAUUAUAAGUAUCAUAAUUAGAUUUAAAAUUUUGAUUUAUUAUGUAAAUAUUGUGUUACUUUCAGAAUAAAU